AUGCCAGCCCCACCCCGCAUCAUAGUCAAUAACCUCACGUACAUUUUCCCCGAGUAUCCCACUGGGGUCCGCAACAUCACGCUCGACCUCCCUCCAGGAUCACGAACCCUCCUCAUCGGAGCCAAUGGCGCCGGCAAAACUACCCUUCUCCGGCUUCUUGCCGGCAAGCGUCUCUGUCCACCCAAGGCCAUCAGCAUUGGUGGUGUCAACCCGUUUAAUGAGACUCUCGAAGGCGUAACCUACCUCGGUCUUGAAUGGGUCGUCAACCCCAUUGUCCGCAAUGACGUUGGCGUUCUGGAACUACUCCGCUCCGUAGGAGGAGAUGCCUACCCCGAGAGAAGGGAUGAACUUGUCUCUUUGCUGGACAUUGAUACCCGUUGGCGCAUGCAUGCUGUCUCUGACGGUGAGCGUCGCCGUGUGCAGCUCGCAAUGGGGUUGUUGAGACCUUGGACGGUGCUGUUCCUUGAUGAAAUCACUGUGGACUUGGAUGUUCUUAGUCGCGCCGAGUUUCUGGGCUGGUUGAAGCGUGAGACUGAACAGAGGGAGUGUACGAUCGUAUAUGCGACGCACAUUCUGGACAACUUGGCUGGGUGGCCGACGCAUCUGGUACACAUGAGCCUGGGUGCAGUCAAGGAGUGGGGUGAGGCGGAUAAGAUGUUGCAGGCCAUUGAUGGUACGGUGGGACGAACGGGAAAUAGUCGCUUGGGCGAGUUGGUCCUGGAUUGGUUAAAGGAAGACCUGAAAGUGAGAGGACCUCGAAGUAACCUCCUCCUUAAUUAA